AUGGAAACCUACAAAGAUGAGCCGUCCAAUUCCAACUCGGAGCAGGAUCUGGGGGUGGAAAUAGGCAUCAAUGAAGGCGACUCACGACGAGGAGUCACCAGCCUCACGGUGAUGAUAGGGUCAUGGGACUCUGAGGCUGAGAUCAACACGGAUUAUGGAUAUCACAGUUUAGGAUUGGAAGAGGGAUCAGCCUUGGAGGGGUCCCAAUCCACGUCUUUUACAGGAACAUCCUUACUGACGGGCGUUGCGGAAGAACCGGAGGAGGAAGAAGAAGGAGGAGAAGAUGUUAUUGAGGGUGAUCCAGAGUCGCCGGAGGAUCUUCCUGGUGACGAGGAGGAGGGCUUGGAAGUAGAUUCUGUGGUGCAACCCCUCGAGCAGGCACCACGAGAAGACCAGGAAGGUCCUCUGCCACUGGAUGCCAGCAAGCCCCCUGUAAAGAGAAGGAUGGUAUCUUUCAACGCGGACAUCCCAGACGACGACGAAGGCGAAGAGGAUGACCAAUUUCCGAUGGAGCAAGAACAAUUCCUUCAAGAGGAUCUCUCAGAUGAGUCAGAGGGAGCAGAAACUAUUGACUUCUUGCUGGAUCCGUUGGAGGAAAUGACAUGGGGCCGUCGGAUUGCCCUAUCCAUGAUGCACAAGUACAGCUGGUACAAUCCCUAUCUCGGGAAAGAGAUGGACUUCCAAAAAGACAGUCAAGACGAUUUUUCGUAUGCCAGUUCUGACAGAGGCCUGAAGAAGAGCUCUUUGAAAAGGUCCAAGAGACAUUUGGUAGAAACGACAGAAAAGGAAAUCCCUUCCCUCGAAAAAGCUUGGACCUUCUUCGAGCACAUCACGCUACCCCGAUAUCUCUACAACGAAAAGGCCGAUGCGGCAACUCAAGAGAGAUGUUUGGUCAGAACUUGCCGUGAUUUGCUUUUCUUAAGCGGCAAGACUAAGGAGACAUUCCCCAUGUCCAUCAUGGGCGAGAGGCAUCUCGCUACGCGGCUCUACGACCCAAAGAUUACUCCUGUCUCGCAAAUGGGUAACUUUGGUUUGGGUGUUGGACUCUACUUCUCCACACUCAGAGCUUUGAUGUUCCUUACCUUCAUUUGCGGGCUCAUGAGUAUUCCGAACUUUGUCUUCUACAGCAGUGCCGAGUACAGUCAGGAGCAACCCAAUGUUUCGACUCUGCUGAAGGGAUCAGCCAUCUGCACUAACACAAAGUGGGUGCCAUGCCCCGAUUGUGGUACGGAUGUUGUGACUGCUUUGAACACCAUCAGCGCUGCUCACCUACUCGCCUUUGCCGCAAAACCACCAGUAGGCAGGGAUGAUAUGGACCUGCAGCGUACUGGUUUCGUUGUUGCGAAUGUAACAAGUGAGAACGAGGACGGAUCGUCGACAAAGUCGUCCCAGUUUUUGUUCUUCGCGCUGCGUAAUCUCUGUACCGGAGCUACAAUCGAAAAUGGAAUGGUCAGUUUCGGUACUCUUUUGCUUUUCGUCUUUGGAAUGAUUGUCUUGAAUGUUUAUCUGGCCAACGUUGAGAUCAGUCUUAUCGAGGAAAUGCAGAGAGCAUCCAACUAUGCCAUCAUGAUCUCAAACCCUCCAGCGGACGCAAGGGAUCCUGAAGAAUGGAAGCAGUUCUUCGAGGAAGCAUUCGAGGAUGCACACGUGACAACUUGCACCGUUGCCGUAGACAAUGAUCUUCUUGUGAAAACGUUGGUCGAACGGCGUGAAUGCAUGAAAGCACUAAAGUCCCAGCUGCCGCCUGGAACGAGGCUGGACACUCUGACGCUUGCACGAGUGUCGGCGGAAAGCGAAAGGAACCGCAAAGGAUUCGAGAAGAUGAUAAUUCCGUUUUUCCCGGGCGUCCCUGAGCUUUACGGACGUGUUGCAUCACUAAAUAUCAAGUGUCAGGGACUUGCCCAACUCAAUCACGAUGCCAAGAAAGUCUACGUCGUCUUCGAAAAGGAAGCAUCGCAGCGAGAAGCAAUGAAGGCGCUCACCGUUGGGCAUCUCCAGACGAAAAGAAACGACACGAGUGCUUUGAAGGAUCCAAAGUUUUUAUUCCGAGGCAAGCACGUGCUGCGAGUCAAGCAGCCAGAUGAACCCAGUAGCAUCCGCUGGCAGGACAUGAAUGCACCCUAUCGGCUGAGGGUCAAGCAACAAACGACAACAUUCCUCCUGACCGGAGGUUCCAUUGCCGGCAUAGCCGUCAUCAUUACGACCUUGAGCAACAUUGAACCCUUGUACGGUACUGCUGCAAUUGCUACUGCAAACGUAUGUUUCCCUGAAGUGGCCAAGUGGGUCGUCUCUCGGUAUGAAGCCCACAGAACAGCAGAAGACAAGCAAGUCUCACUUUACUUCAAGAUUUCAGCAUCGAGAAUUGUCAACACAUCCAUUCUACUGACAAUCAUCACUCCUUUCACACGUACGCUUAACAACGAUGAUGGAUUGAUCUACCUUGUCUACAGCCAGUUCUUGGCAGAGAUUGUGUCAGCAAACUUCUUGCAACUUACGGACAUGUGGGAGAACUUCAAGCGACAUUGCAUAGCGCCGAGAAUGCCAUCUCAAGACGGAAUGAAUCUGCAGAUGAAGGGCUAUCCUAUGGAACUCGCAGAGCGAUACACCAACAUUACAAAGUUGGUCUGUCUCUGUGUGUGGUACUAUUCCAUUUUCCCGGCCGCUUUCUUCUUGUGCUCUCUCUCGUUGUAUAUCAACAUCUACGUUGACAAGUUUGCAGUGAUGCGAUGCUGGAAGCGAGCCCCUAAGCUCGGAACGAAGCUGUCUCGAGUCUCGAGAAGGUUUGUUUUUACUUGGAUGGUUGUGGUGAUGAUUGUGGUGUCAGGUUUCUUCUACGCAGGCUUUCCGUUCGAUCAGCUCUGCCAAACGGAAGGCGAAACCAUUGAUUCAUCCUACGUGGGCGAAUGGGAGAUCACAACAAUCGAAUCAACGCUCAAUGAAAACCAAGCAUGGUGGUUGGGUUACUGGAAUUCAGAAGAAGAAGAUCAGACUAUCCAUGUUGUCGUGAACGAAGGCGAUCCUGCCUUCCAUGUCUGCCCGCAGAGCUUUUUACGUGGUUUCUGGGAAGAGGGAGAGUCAUUUUUCUCGGAGGAUCAGCAAACUCUAGUGUACGUGUAUGGCUAUGCGAGUUGCUUUCUCUGUGCGGGUCUUCUUCUUUGGUGGUUCUUGUCGUUUCUUGCAAGUUUUCGCGGGCUUUUCCGCGGUAGAUACAAAGAGCCCAAACGUCGAGACAGGGGCAUUUCCUUCAGUGACGUCGAUUUAAUUUCGACGUACAUUCCUCAAGUGAAGAGCACAUAUUUUUCGUACCCACUUCUGGUGUGCGAUGUGGAACAAGUAAAGGACGAGACUUUGUUUAGCUGGAACGAUCCCGACUGCUUUUACGAAGACUACGACUUGACCAAAGACGCCAAGAAACUCAUCCACGGCCUUGACCUCGGAGAAAAGGUUGUCUUCAGUCAAAUCGGACAUUGGCCGCCCAUCAGGGACGAAAAUUUCGUUAUGGGCGACGAGAGCGAAUUUUUGGAACACGAUGUUCUGGGAGAAACAUUUGCAACUGUCGUGGCUCCGGCGCUCAAAUCGUUGAAGCUUACCUCAACGGCAACAAAAGUGGCCGCGAAAACCUCUGCCAUGGCCGCCAAGACUUCUGCUGUCGCAGCCAAGUCAGCAACGAAAGUGGCAGCAAAAACUACGAAAGCUGCGACGAAAGCAACGGCCAAGGCGUCCGCCCACGCGGCCGCUGCCACCACAAAGGCGACUAUGAAAGGUAUGAAUGCCACCACCAAGGCGACGAUGAAAGGUGUCAAUGCCACUGCUAAGGGUACAAUGAAAGGUAUGAAUGCCACUGCUAAGGGCACAAUGAAAGGUAUGAAUGCCACAACAAAGGCAACGAUGAAAGGUAUGAAUGCUACCACCAAGGCAACGAUGAAAGGCGUCAACGUCACAACCAAAGUCACGGCCAGUGCAGCGAAGUUCACGGGCAAGACGGCUCUUAAAACGACCUCCCAAAUGGCAAAGACGAGUGGCAAGCUUGCUGGAAAGACAGGCAAGCUUGCUGGGAAGUCAGCAUCCUUCGCAACCAAUGCUACUGCCGGUUCACUUUCGGCGGCUUCAUCGCUUGCAAAGAAAUCUGGAAAGAUGACUACGUCGCUGGCAAGGUCGACCGCAAAGUCGACCAGGAAUGUGGCGGGCAAGUCCUUCAAAGCGGCAUCAUCUGUCGCCAGGAUGGAUGCCGCAAAAAGCUCUCGCAACUUUCUUACCAAGUCAAUGCGGAGCAUGGGAUCCUUUUCGGAUGAUGAUAUGGAUGAUAGUGACAUGGAAUCGGUCGCAGAUGAAAGUGAAGACGAGGAGGAAGAGGUAGAGCGAUUGACUCUUCUUCCUGGUGAAGCGUUCUAA